CUGGGAUUUAGGAGAGUGGUCCGAAUGCAGCAAAUCCUGCGGCCUGGGGAUGCAGCACCGCCAAGUUCUCUGCCGGCAAGUCUAUGCCAACCGCAGCUUAACGGUUCAGCUGCACCGAUGCCAACACUUGGAGAAACCAGAGAGGACAAGUACGUGCCAACUGAAGAUCUGCAGUGAAUGGCAAAUUCGGACAGAAUGGACAUCGUGUUCAGUUCCAUGCGGAGUUGGCCAGAGGACUCGGGAUGUAAAAUGUGUCAGCAACCUUGGAGAUGUUGUCGAUGAUGAGGAGUGUAACAUGAAGCUACGGCCCAAUGACAUUGAGAAUUGUGAUAUGGGACCCUGUGCCAAGAGCUGGUUCCUUACGGAAUGGAGUGAUCGGUGCUCGGCAGAAUGUGGUUCCGGCGUCCGAACUCGUUCCGUGGUCUGCAUGACCAACCACAUCAGCAGUUUGCCACUGGAAGGUUGCGGGCACAACAGACCAACGGAGAGCACCCCCUGUGACAAUGGGCCUUGCCUGGGGAAGGUCGAGUGGUUUGCUGGCAGCUGGACUCAG